AUGGGUCCGGGUUGUGGUGGUUGGAGCUUCUUGCACGCCGUCUCGACCACCAACUGCCGAGAACCCACCAAACCCGACCAAAAAUCACUCGUUUACGUCCACUCUCUGGCGAGAGCUUCCUCGCUCAGGCUCAGCCCACGGAGCUUGAAGCUCUGCACGGAGAACCUAGGCAGCGAGAGCGGCAACAUCGUCCCCUUCGACAACGACAAUGAUGGCGACCCCCGAGGCGAGAUCAAGAAGGGCGAAGAGGGAACGGACAGACCCGAAGCCUCGGUCGACGCGACAAAUUGCGAACCAGGAAACGCAAGUGAAAAAGCAAAACCCCGGACUAAUGUUAAUAACAGCAACAAGAAGCCGUUCACUGCUCCGAUGAGAGAGAGCACGAAGAAGAAAAGGGUAGAGAGAAGAAGAGGAGAGAGAAUAAAGUAG